UGAAAACUAGAGGAAAAAUUUAAAAUAAUAAUAAUAAUAAUAAUAAUAAUAAUAAUAAUAAUAAUAAUAAUAAUAAUAAUAAUAAUAAUAAUAACAUCACCUGUUAAUGAAUAAUAGUAAUGAAUAUACUAUCACGCUACUAGUCCAUAAGGAGAAACAUGACUAUUAGUAACAGUUAUAAGGCAGCAACCCACAUAUAUGUACAAUAGAGGCCAGAAGUCCUGUCACCUUGCACACUCGUUCCCAAUGUUUCACGUUUUCUGUUUACCUUUAGCUGGCACCUGCUGACAAUAUAAAAUAGUUACCUGGGAUAAACUGUGGGAGGUGAUGAAGGCAAGGAGUGCGCAUGAUCUGAAGGAAAGACUGGAUAAUCACAAAGAAAUGCAGGCACCUGGGAUGAACUGGAAGAAGAGGUGACAAAGGCAAAGAAGAGAAGGAAAGAUUUGAUAAACAUAGGAAUACAGAUGCCGGAAACAGACUGGAAGAAGGUUUAAAGGACUGCCAGCAAAGGAACUCAGAUAAACACAUUGGAAGUGCAGAAGAUGGCAUGACUUGUGGACUCGACUGUACAAGGCAAAGGACAGUUAUGAAGCGAAGGCCCGAUCCGAAGAGCUCCGCAACACUGGUUCGUGAAGCCUUGGGGCAGUUCACAGUGGUGUUCGACACAGAUGGCUCGAAACAUUUAGAUACGACACAUGGAGUGAGGAACAGAUUAUAAAUGGAUGGACAUAGAGAAUUAUGACUGAUGAGAAUAAAUAUCUGGUUUAGUUUGCCUUUUUUUUCAGACUUUUGACACGCUGAAGCAAUUUUGGAUCAAGAGAAAUGAAGGGAAGAUUAAAUUAAACAUACAGAACUAGCAAAUCAUUAUACAUUAAGGAAUUUUUACAUUUAAUCAACCUGAUGCCUUUCAAUCUACACAGUUUACCAAUAACGAAAACAAUGAAUAAACACAAGGUCGAAAAUUAACAGUGGGCACACAGAACCAAAAGACAAAGUUCAGGUCCAUGUCCGUAUCUCUACAAGUGCUUCGAAUCAGUGCUUCACGAGGCCUCAAAGCUUCAGUGGAGCCCAUCGAAGAGACAGCCUUCCAAACCUGGGUUAUGCAUCCCCCAAAAACAGAAAAAAAACAAACAAACUAGGAUCAUCAGAAAUAGGCCUAAGGUGCUGGUAGGAAUAUAGUGCUUGGACUAGACCGUCUGGUGCUGACCUGGGGAGGGAGUCGGUGAGGGAGCGUUAAGAGGGCUGACUAGGAAAGCUGAGAGACGCCCGCAACACGCUACAACAGCAGGAUUAGAAUCGCUACGACAGGAUCAGGACCGGCUACCUAGGACUUGUGGGGUUAAUCCAACGCGACAUGCAACAAGGAAAGGACUUUGGGACCCUACACGCUUUCUGUAUAUACCUUGGUCUGUUUAUACAAGUCCUUGCGAGAUCGAAUGCUUUGAAUCUACUACCACAGGAUUCUGCUUGUGGGGGUCAAAUACUCUUUACUUAGGAUCAAAUACCCUAGGGCACUCUCUAUGGAAUUCAAUACUCUUUUUUUUUAUAAGAUUAAGGAUCGUAGGAAUCUUUGAAUAGGAAAAUGUAUUCUUGAUAUAAGAUGUAAUAGGCUGGGAUUCCUUUUUCAUGGUAUUUAAUGCUCUUUGUAUAGGAUCUGGGCUGAUAGAAAUAUAGAUCGUAAUUAUAACAGCAAUGAAGAUUACAAAAUGACUCAGAUAUAAGAAAGGACUGUGUGUGUGUGUGUGUCUGUGUGUGUGUGUGUGUAAGUAAGUAAGUAACCCUACACGAAACCUACGCAGGAUAAGGCUUAGAAAAGGGUAGUGCUAAAGGGGGGGCAGUUGAAAAAAAAGUAAAAACUAUCAGGAACUCCCCCUCAGAUCAAACACCGCUUUGGAAAAUACUGAAAAAAAAUAAAAUAAGAAGACGGUCUAGUUUUGUGAAAAAAGAAAAAAGAAAAGGAAAAUAAUAUUAACUAUAAUGAAGAAACACAAACAUUGCAACUUUCAAAAUGAAUCAGUUAGAAUGACCAAUUAAUGAAGAUUUUUCAGUGUAUAGUAAUAAUAAUAAUAAAAAAAUAAUAAUAAUAGUAAUAAUAAUAAUAAUAAUAAAUAACUUUUUAACUUAAAGAAAAUGAGAAUGAAAAAGUGAAAGAUUUAGUGUAAAGCUUUUGACACAAUCUUAACUCUUCUAGGUCGGAUUCAUUUGUUUCGAAGCUUUGAACAGUUGCAGUCGAUCGGAGGAGUAAAGCGUUGGUGUUUCAGAUCGUUUGGCGCAGUGAAACUUGCAGAUGCGAGUGACAGAGCUUCAGGAAGUGGGCGGCGUGGGCUCGAGUGUGGGCGUGGCGUGGGCGCGAGAAAUAUAGGCGGCUGGGAGAGCGAGAGAAGAGGAAUUAGGAAAAAGCUUAGAUACUCUUUCAUCCUCUUCCUCCUCCCCAUCCUCUUCCUCUUCUUUCUCCUUUUCCUCCACGCCUACACGCCCACGCCGCCCAUUAAAGAGGAAUAUUGGAUGCCAGUUGGAUGGGCGUGAUUCAAUUUUUUAUCUCUUUUUUUUUUUUUUUUUUUCCUUUGUGUAUGUAUGUGUGUGCGUGUGUGUGUUGGUGGAGGAGGUCUUCGCUUGGUCUUAUUUGUUGUUGAUCGAUUGGUUGUAUUUUUUUUAUCAUUCUUUUUUUUUUUAAUGGUCGUGUGUUCGUCUUAUUUAUUUUUCUCUUCAUUGCUUCUUUUAAUUUGCUGUUUGUUCAUUUGUCUUCAUUAAUCUCUUCUUUUGAUCUCUUCUUUUUCUUUUUUUUUUUUUUCAGGCAUCUUCUCUUUUUAAAUCACUCAGUCCUCUUCUCAAAAUAUGGUAUGUAUAAUUUCGUUUUCUACGCUGUAAAACUGCGCAAAACUUCCAUUUUCUUUGCCGUUUGUAUAGUACACACACCAUCA